CAAUAUUGUGCCCUUUGUAGGUGUGAAACCAUAUUGUUGUUCACUUAUUUCCAUAUCAAUCCCUGUUGCCUUGUGGACUGUCUUUUGGCUAGAGGCUAGGGUUCCAACCUGAAAAAAAUGGCUGCACUUGAUUCUUGAGGCCCAUGUGGAGUAUUAGUGCCAAAGCUGUCAUAAUCACCCAAUUUAACAUUCCUCAACUGCCAUGCAAUCUGACUGGCCCUCGGUGUGAACCAGUGCCCUGCAUAGCCAGACGUGAAACUGGUGACCACAGGAAUGUUAAUGGGACUGAAUCAACCCAGGAAGCAUGCAAUGUGUAUACUGUCAACUUGGAAUCUCGUUAUUUGCUAAUACAGGGAGUUCCUGCUUUGGGUGUUAUGAAGGAACUAGUGGAACAAUUUGCAUUAUAUGGUGCCAUUGAAGAGUACAAUGCUUUAGAUGAGUAUCCAGCAGAACAAUUUACAGAAGUUUAUCUUAUUAAAUUCCAAAAAUUACAGAGUGCAAGGGUAGCCAAGAGAAAACUGGAUGAACGGAGUUUCUUUGGUAGUUUGCUUCAUGUGUGUUAUGCUCCAGAAUUUGAAACAGUACAAGAGACUAGGGAGAAGCUGCAAGACAGGAGAAAGUAUAUCGCAAAAGCAACAAGUAAUAGAGUUCAUUUUUUGGUAAAGAAGAUACAGGAGCCUAAAAAGACUGUUUCAAAGAACUCAGAACAUGACUUUCAACCAGAAACCUUAGGAUUCAGUGCAGCGGAUGCAAACACUGGGAACUGGGAUCCAUCUGCAUGUUGUCCUUACCAGCCAUCUUGUGAAUUUUCAUCAAGAAACACAGCAUGUCCUUCAGGAGGUCACUUUGAGAGGGUGUUGGCAUUCCCUCAGUAUGUCAGUAACUGUGGUGAAACUUCUGAAUCCUUUUGCCAAAGUAAACCUUUGACUCAAAGUGCACAACAGGGGGGAUAUACUAACACACCAGUUUCUCUUGUGCUGCAAAGAAAAGUUCCUUCUGAUAAUGGGAUUGGGAGAUUUAUGCCCCGAACAACUCAACUGCAAGAGCGAAAGAGAAAGAGAGACCAAGACAAUCAAAUUGACUUUAUUGGAAUAGACUCAGAUAGUACCGAAGUCAUUAUUGGUCCACGGCUACCAGAAAUACCAAAAGUGGACAUGGAUGAUGAUUCACUGAAUGCUUCAGCAAGUUUAAUUCGAAAUAAACUUACGGAGGUAGCAGUUUCUGUUCCAAAAUCAUUUGGGGAAAAGCCAGAGGAUACUCAAACAAAGCGACCGAUAAAGCAGAGAAGAAGAAUAUAGAUACCCCUGGCAGCAUCUUUGAUGAUCAUCUGCCUUUAAAGGAUGUAAUUUCAAUUUUUUUUUAUUUUUGUAAUGUCAAAGGUAAAGAAAUAUUAAAAUUGUCUCUAUAUUAUAAUGUAUUUUCUAGCAGUAGUAUAAAUAUUCAUGAUUAUAAAUCUUGUAUUUUUUGACAUUCAAUUAAACAAAUGUCUAAUUAGUA